AUGGUCUUAUUUUUAUUUUUUAUUUUAUUGUUAUUGACGGUUGUCUCCGGAUCAACCGUCGAGGAUAUUUAUGACGAAUUGAUACAGAAUAUAGAUAACGACAUCAAGUACUUAAGUAUUCAAUUACAGAACAAUGUGCAAUUUGAACCACUGAACAGUGAAGAAUCUGUGGACCAAGUUAUAACCAGGCCACACCCGGCGAUUCUAAUGUACAGUUCUACAAAGUCACAACUACCUAAACCAAUGGUCCUCACCACCAGGCCUCAGCCAGAGAAGUCCUUGGACGUAGGUUUCACCUGGCAGCAUCAGCUGUCACCCAGGUUUAGUGAUUUUACCGGGUCGCUGUCACCAAAACCAGAAGUCCGCACCACUGGGUCUCAGCCAGCCGAAUCCGCGGACGUAGGUUUCACCUGGCAGCAUCAGCCGGUACCCAGAUUCCGUGAUUAUACCGGGCCACUUCCACUAAAACCAGAAGUCCAUACCACUGGUUCUCAGUCAGCAAAAUCCGAGUACGUAGGUUUCACCUGGCAGCAUCAGCCGGUACCAAGGUUCCAUGAUUAUACAGGGUCGCUUCCACGAAAACCAGUAGUCCGUACCACUGAGUCUCAGCCAGCGAAAUCCGAGGACGUUGGUUUCACCGGGCAGCAUCAGUCAUUACCCAGGUUCCGUGGUUAUACCAGGUCACAGCCACCAAAACCAGUAGUCCGGACCACCGGGUCUCAGCCAUCGAAAUCCGUGGACCGAGGUUUCACAUGGCCUCAUCCGCCAAUACCUAUGUACCAUGAAUUAACGGGUCGUAGCCCCCAAAACCAGUAG